CCAUGAUCAAGGUCGAGUCAACACAAUGAUAGCCUUCAUUUAUCCUUGCAUUGGACUACAGAAACAGUAGUAAAGUGAUCUAAAUUCCGACCAACAACAGAAUGAUAGGGUCGACAUUUCGAAACGUUGCUCGCCAGAGGGCUGUGCCUUUCAGAGCCAUAUCAAGUCUUUCUAGCAACCCCAAAAUUAAAGUUGUGAAGAAUCCUAAAUCUCCUUUUACAAACUACUUAAGCUACCUCGAGAAGGAACCGCCUAACGAGCGCCUAGCGAUUGGAACUACUAGCGAGCUCCCUCCCACUCCUCAGUCCUUCACUGAGAACAAAGAUUUCGUCAAGAUUCUCAACGAGGUAAUAUCCGAGUAUGGUCACGAAGAUGAGGACCUUAUCAAUCAAGCCCGCGCAUUUGCCAGUCCGGGAGGUUUCAAUCUCGGCUCAGGCGGAGCCUUUUUCUCACAGAAACGACCUAAUAGAGGAGGAUCUCGCAAGCAGGGAGCUGGAGGGGGAGCUGGAGGUGACGGUGCAGGAGGCGCCAGCGCUCAAGGAGGAGCCGGUGGCGGUAGAAGAGGUGGAUAUGUGCACCUAAGUGACCGAAGGAAUCCUCCCGACUUUGGACGAAUUGCGUGGCCUGAGGACAUCUUGGGAAGUGUUGAGGUGGACGAUGCCGGUACCAUCAUUGGCAAAGUACAGCCAAGUGGAACGUACCGUAUUCUGACGAACGAGGGAAUCCUGGGGCUCAGCCCAUUCUUGCAAACAAAGUUGGUGGAGAGACUAAAGCAAGAGGAAGUCAAACAAAAGUAAGUAAGUUGGUGGAAGGGAUAACAUGCAUGGCCAUGUCGAAUAAGUAAAAAGGGAAUCGAUUGAGGGAGCCGAUCAUGCUCAAAAGUUCUGGAACUGGAAGAAAACCACUUGUAUAUCACGACUGUAGAGAUGAGUGUAACAAUACUGUAUGACA